UUAACAGAAAAAUGACCUUCAGAAAGCUGCUGGACAACCUGACGUUUCUCACAUACGUCAUCUAUAUGUAGAUCUUUAUCUAUAUAAGUAAGGCUGAGAGAUGUCAUUUUAUGCACCACACUGAAAACAUGAGGGGUCUGAUUGCUCUUCUCCUGGUGGCUCUGUGCCUCGAGGGCCUCAAUGCAGCAUGUCCUGAUCAUGCCACACUGAAAGACGACCAUGGCAGCAAACUCUGUGCCCAGAUGUUUGAGCACAGCAGCUACUACUAUGACGAGAGCUGCACUGGCAGUUUUCUGAAUGUGUAUCCUGAUGAAGACACCCCCAUCAUGCCAAAGACCUGGGAGAACCAUGUAUCCUCUUUGGUGGUGAGACGCGGAUGCUCACUGACAGUAUGGUCCAAAUCCAAGAAGAAGGGAAACAAAAGGAAGUUUCUUGCUGGUGUUGUCUACCACCUGAAAGAAGUGAAGAGAGGCCUGUUCGGAAACUGGAAUGACUUGGCACAUAAUCAGACUAGAGCCUUUUUGACAGAAUAAAGACUGUCUAACCCUUUCAUCAAAGUUAUAUAAGAUAGUCGGCCCAUCAGAUGGUCAAAGCUGUUUGAAUUCCCAGCCUUCACAGCAUCUGUUGGUAGACCAGAGGUUUCCCAUUUCAGUUGGUUUUAGGUAUGUGCCAGACUGACAUGACCCUGCUGGUUUAUUAAACAUGAUGUGUCCAUUACUUAUUAGAGUUUUCCUCUGUCACUGUGUAUCAUAAAGCCUGGAGAUCUGCAGACUGGAAUAACUAAAAAUACAAUAAUACCAUGACAUUAAUGAGACAACAGAACAGUGUUUAGAUUCUGGUCACAUUUUACAGUAAGGUUCAAUUAGUUCAUGUUAGUUAAUAUAUUUUGCUAACAUGAUCUAAAGAUGAAAAAUUUAGUACAGUAUAUUGAAUUAUCAAUAUUUACUUAUGCAUUAUUAAAAUCCUGUUGUGUUUGUUAACAUUAGUUAAUACAAUGUGAGUUAACAGGGAAAAACAAUGAACGACUGCAUUUUCAUAAACUAAUGUUAAAAAGAUGAAUAAAUACUGUGAUAAAUGAA